AUGUUUUUGUCUCUGGCCCUGGAUGGCACCGAUUGUGAUGAUGACGUUAUUUUUGUUGUUGUCGUCGUCGUUGUCGUUGGUGAUGCUGAUGAUGCUGGUGGUGGUGGUGGUGGUGGUGUCGGCGGCGGCGGCGGCGGCGGCGGCGGCGGCGGCGGCGGCGGUGAUGGUGGUGGUGGUGGUGGUGGUGGUGGUGGUGGUGGUGGUGGUGAUGCUCGGCAGAAUGAAGGCACAAAAAGCCCGAAACAGUUUUAUAUCAAUCUGCCCAAAUCUCUUCCGAGUUUAUUUCAGGCGCACACUCUUUGUCAUCAAAUACGUUGGAUUAUCAUUGCAUACUAUGGGAGUAAAUCAGUGGCCAAAGGCCUCACUAACUUGCUCGCGAACAAGAUGUUCUACCUCGGUGGAUCUUUUAUAUGUUCUGCUAGAUUGAUUUCUACGUACAUUAAGUAUAUCAUGUUUAAAGAAAAAACAUGUGCGCACUGGAUCCAUGUGAUGGGAACUCGCAAUAUAAAACUAAGUAGAAUAAAACUACCAGAUAAAGCAGAUCCAACCACGGAGCUACAAAAAUGAAAUCAGGGAAGAAUUUGGCUGGUGCUCUUUCGCGCUAAUUCUUAACUUGUUAAGUUAUUCACAAUUCGCUAACCACUGUGGCCAGAAACGAAAAUCGCAGAUGGUCCUCGGAUGAGGUUUAGUCAGUACGGCGGCAGUUACAUAAGAUCGGAACUCCACCGUGCCUCCCAUUGUUCAGUCUUUGUCAGUGUCAGCCGGGUAGUUAUGCUUAAAUGAAUACGUUAUGGGUCAUGGAAACUUCUAUAUUUGGCAGUAAAAUGACUAGAAGGUGACGCCCUGUCAGAAUGUAGAGACUGGGAUGGUAGCCACUUGAAAAGCGUACGGCUGGACAAACAGUGCAUAAAUAAAUCUGCGACAGCAACCACUCCUGUCCACUUGCCCUUGUCUGCCCACUUUUGUCGCUGAUUGAUCGUUCUGUUUUAAGACUGGUUAGUAGUCGUCUGUCGGUUGCACUUAGCCCAAGUAGGUGACAACCUGUCUGCUAUUGGAAACUACCGGGCUAGGCGUGGGCCUGUUCCUGUGUGACUUACAUCAAGAAACUACGCAUUGGGUGUGGUGUGAGGCCAAAAUAGCGACCACUCUUUGAAAAAACCAUAUGUAUCAAUGCUGAUGUAAGGGCCUUUCUCUCGCCUUCUGCCCCGAAGCCAGAAAAACGAAUUUAGCACUUUGUGAACUCAAAUACCGGCUCUCCAAGUAUAUUAAGACUCACUGCAUUCAGGGCACAUUUGGUGAAUAAAUGUGCACCAGUAGAGUACGAUUAGGACAGGCAGUAGCGGGAAAAGUCAUAAUCCUCUGCUUAACUGAAUACCCGCAACCUUCGUGAGUUUUGUUUUUAUCAUGACGAACAGGACACGUCUUUGUAAGCAAGAAAUGUUGGCGUCCAAACAGGACUGAGUUGACCGUUUUGAAAUGUCCAUACGCAGUUACUUCUUUCAUAGUACAGCGUGCUGACUGGUCAGUCAUCUUUGACUAUACUAGGUCUUGAAAUUAAAGGCCAAGGAAACCAGUAUUCAGAAAAAAACAGGGAUCAAAGACUAUUAUAACACCAGUUAUCUAUGCCGCGGAGCGAGUAUUUCUCCCAUUUUCAAAAGAUCCAGAAAUAGUAUAGUACUUGCUAAUAGAAUAAGCUGUGCUGAUCAGUUGUUCUACAGUUGUCUUACGCCUUAACCAUUUGGUCCCGUUGUUUUUGAAGUACAUCUCGCAUUGCCGUGAAUAUUAUUUUGCUUGAACAAGGCGAGGGCGGAAAAACAUGCUGACUGCAAUGGCGCCAUAAAUUAAAGCGCUUCUCCUCGUGCUUAGAAAAUGAUGGUUCGUUGAGAAAAAGGGUCUCGGGAAGUCGGGUAGAAUAGAUGCAAAAACAGUAGGCAAAGCUAAUCAAACCACAACAAAAAAACAAAAAGCCGCCUGAAACUAUUUUACUGGUCAAAUAGACAUGACUUUAACACAGGCACGUAGGUUUCGUGACUCUGUUUUUAAAUCUAUUGUGUUUUCGUGAAACAUUUAUACCCAUGUAACCUUGCACAAUUUGCUUGAGGAUCUACAAUUUUUUUUAAAAAAAGGGCUGACGUUUUGAAUUUCAAACGCAAAUUUAUGAUUUAGGGUGGAAUUGGCUACGAACCCCUAUGCGAAUAACUGUUAGGGAUGAAAAACUCCCAGCGAUGAGCUUUAUGGAAUAGAAUAGAGUAGACAGGCGGACAGAAUCAGCGCACCGGUAUGCGAACCGGAAUGAGUUUCUUUCGUUACUGUUAAUCAGGUAUCUGUGUUACGUACCCAGGUGAGGGUGAUAGAUAUCGACUUCUGCAAAUGAAGGCCUUUUUCCUUUUUAGUCCCUGUGAUGGACACCGUUGUUAUCCGGAGCCCCAUUCUGCUGAUCACCACUGAAGAGCGAUAGCAGGCAAAGAAGAUCGCAAACGAACAUGAGGAGGUCAAUUUCAAGUCUGUUAACCUGGGCUUAUAUGCUUGCAAAAAGAAGCACGGAAGAUUCGACCGUCGUUGCCGACGAUGUCUAUCAUGUGCUCCACAGCAAGAUGAGGGCAGGGACGGUGACUUGUGAGUGUAGACUUGCACAGCACCUGCCGCACUCUCUCCCCAUCACCCACCUGGACCCGCUGUCAAGACAUAGUCAAGAAGGCCGGAGGCGGGAGAGAGCGCAGGUGGAUGGCACGGUCGAGCCCACACCUUGGCGUUCCACUCCACACCCCUGGUCCACACAGCAACUGACCAGGUUUUUGACCAACAAAAACAAUGGGGGGCGGCAGGGGUCCCAGUGUACACGACGUCUACCGUCAGGCGUGUCUGCCACCGCACCCGGCAAUGCUGGCAUUUUUUAUGGUGCGCAAUCCGAUAACGUCUGUCAGAAUCCGGUAUGGCUCCCGUGCUGGUCCAGCGCAUCUACCACAUGGCCGGUUUGGGGGCACAAGUACGAAAGAUACUAAUUCAGAAACGAACGCUUUGGUGAGAAAUCGGAUUCAACACGCUAAUUACACGAUUACGGGUCUGUAAUGGCGCAAUCAUAUGAAGUUUAGAGCGCUGCCAUCCAGUCCGCCGCCAUUUGAUAUCAACACUGUCUUUGUCUCCUGUUCACACUCAUCAGAAGUUGCACGCGCUCACCGUGGGUCCCCGAUCGUCCUGGGGAGAGUCGUCGCUGGCUCUCAUGGCUGUUUCGACUGGACUCUAGUUGGAAAUAAAGUUACAGACUAGGGACCUGGCUGCAAGAACCUCACCAGAGCCACUGGCCUCUUAGCUGGCAGCCGGCCAAGCUCCGACCAACUCCCACCAUCGUCCCUUUUGCACUCUGACUCAGAGGAGACAGUCCUCGGAGUUCCCGUUUUCUCACUUAUGGACUCGUUCAUGAUGCGUGGGUGCCUGGCCAGUGCAGGUUAAGUCGGAGUACAGGGUUGACGUCGUCGGAUGCGAUGUUCGAAAUGUCAAGUCGGCCAGGAACGCAAACAGAGUUCACGCGCUGGUAUCAGGCACGAAGAGUAUAGAUGGGGCAUUUUCAUUUUUUCUACGUCGUAGUGUGUUUUGGUGUUUGAAUACCCAUUUUCUAAAGAAAUACUGAAGUUAUGCUGGGUUUCGCAAGACGAGUAUUCCUACAUGCACUAGUCUUUAUCGAAAUACUAAAAUUCCCAUGAUGGAGAUUAACGACCCUUUUGAGCAGAAUAGAUUGCGCAAAAACGUCCGUUACGCAUUAUUCUAAUUCAGUGGAAAACUUGCAUGUUAGCGCGGAGGGACUGCAAAAUCUUUUCCUGAACUCAAGUCUCUCAAAUGUUAGUCGGUGCGCCAUAAGGUUUAGAGUCAGUCAAGGCAUAUAUACACUCUGAAAUAUCAAUUGUCAGUCUUUUAAGUUAAAAUAUUAUUGUUAGGAUAUCGUUUUUGCCCACAACAAUGUCAGAAGGGGGUAGAAGGGCAGGUGGAAGAUUAUUGAGGAAGAGGGCUAUUGUCGGCGGGGUCGAGAGUGGAGGUAGGCCAAUGAGAUGGAGUUGCCUUUAGGAACACAACACCCUUAUCUAAUUCUGCCUCUAAUGAUGAAUUCGAGUGUGAAUCCGAAACGUCGGGUCAAUAAAACUGUUCUUCCAGUUAUCGUGUCUUCCUUUUCCCACCACCUACCCGUCUGAAUUCCACAAUGAUAUACUUUUUAUCUAUGAGUAGCAACGCGAUUAAAUUUUAUCUGUCACUGAUAAGCCUGUUAUACUCGAGUCGAUCAGUAUUGCUCUGAAAUCUAAAAAUUAUUCCGUCGUGUUAACUACCCGCCAACAAUGUUCGCAUAAUACAAAGCCCGAAUUGUUAGUUUAUAAGCCACAUUAAAUGUUGGUAUGUACUUGUUUUCGAUAAAUUCUCAUCGGGUCAGUGCAUAUAACAGGGUAAGUUAAUUAAAAACAUACGUGUGGUUAUUGAGAGACCAGUUAAUGCUCAUCUUUCCACACAAAUGGGAGUUGGGGAAUAUGGGGGAAUAAUGAGAGACAGUGUGUAUCAGUCUAGUCAGGUGAUAAGGAUGAGAGUGAAUGGGGAGAGGGCUAGGAAAAACCGCCAGAGUAGAAGGGAAGAAGGGCACGGGGAGUCGCAUGCAGGAAGCCCACCUUUGAUCACGGUAAAUCAGGAACUUGCACGAAAUUUUCCUGUAUCCACAGGGCCCACUUGCACAACCUGAUUGCAGCCGCUUCUGCCUUUGCUAGCAGACACUGCUUCAGUGACUUAGGACAGUCCGGGAAGGACUUAAAAAUCGCACGAAAGGAUUCGUUGGUGUCCACAUAAUGCCCCCAAUAAACAAAUCGGCGUGUGAGUGCCGCUGUUAUGCUUCUUAUUUUGCUUUUUCUCUGUCAUGACGGGAGAUGUUUUCGUGUCCUUUCGAAUAGGUUGCGACUCGUGUGAGCUGCAUAACCUGCUCCAUAAAAGCAAGUGAACAUUGAGGUGGUCUAACCUAGCAGCCUAUCCUUACUUUUUCCGUGUAAAAGGCGGUUGAUCGAGAAUGAUAUCCGAACUCUUGGGGCUGGGAGGGUUCGUUAAAGAGCUUAGUCAAGGCGUCUGCUCAGAAGUCCAAUCGCCGCGUCCCCCUUCGUGCCUGUGGUAAUCACCGCAUGAUUCCCUUCGGUAUUUUGGCAAAACCCCCUCGACGCUCUUCUCGGUCGACCUUUAAGCGUGACAGCCCGCGAAAUAGGUCAAAAAAAUUAAAAAAGUGGGUUUUGUUCUUCUUACGUUCCGGAUUCAUACCGGCAUCCAUUAUCAGAGAUCGAAUGAGAUAAGGAUAUUGUUCUCCUACAAAAAGUUCGCUCCAACGAUCGUGUCCCUUUCUUUCCGACCGUUUUCUGGGAGCUAGCCUCGCGCUCCUAAAGGCAAAACCGGAUGUGACCCUACGAUAUCUUCUGCAGAAUACGUUUUUCAGGCCUGAAGAUGGUCUUACUGCAGUUUUAGGCUCCUAGCAUGUGCGGAUAACUUUUUCUCCCUUAGGUCAUUUUUCUUUCCCCGUAUGGCUAAUGUCUGGUUCGUUCGCUGCUUACCAAAGGUAAGCAACUUUGGAAGAUGCGAGAUGAUAAUGAUGAUAAAUUCCAUUCAGGACCCGUGGGGGUCCGUUCAUAGCAAGUAAGAGUAACUUUUACAUGAAUUUUAGAAUUUUAGAACAGGUAAGCAGAAUCUAUACAAUAGUUACUUAAUAUUUAUUGGAUAAGUAGUAUGUUACGAAAACUGGUGAGGGAGCAGUUAAAAAAACUCCUAACAUAUAAACAAAACGAGUAUGAGUAGAUUAACACUAUAGGAGAAAAAACUGUCUCUCCUGAAUUUAUAAAAAGCAAGCAGGACUGGUCUGUAUGUGGCAGCGUAUAGCGGAUUUCAUGAAGGGGUAAGUAGGCGAGUCAGGCAGGACUGGCCUGUAUGUGGUACUGAGUAAAAGGUUCGAAACAGGCAUCAUCAAGGCAGAAUUCAUAUGCCGGAUGAGACCAUUCAUGUCAAAGUGGCGAGUAGAAGGCCAGUCUCGAGGCGAUAGGAACCCAGAUGCGAUCGGUUACAGCCAGCUUCGAGUCCAGCCGAGGAGGGGGCAAGGGAAAUUCGACCAGACUACGAGUAUAUUGCGAAUACAGAAGGCUUCGGGAAGAGCGUCGAUGAAUCGAAUUCUGUGAGGGCACGAUGCAGGAACUGAAAAGUCGAAAAAAAUUAACAUUUCUGGUUAGGGAUCGUAGGAAACGAUACAACUCACAAAGGAAGGAAAUGUGAGCAGAUACGGAAAGUAAAUGGCGGCGUCCUAAAUUCCCCGUGGCUCUUUCUCAAUGUCAUAGCGAAAGUUGUCCGGGAAGGAUGAGGAAAAUAAAAGUUUAAUCGAGCCAGUAUUCAGAUAAUGGCGUAGCCUUCUCUUUAAGGUGUGCAGAUUAUCUGAUGAUCCUAUAGCUAUUAGAAGGUUAUUCCAGAGGAAAUUAUAUCUGGAAGCGAAAAAAAGAGGGCGUUCAGAGGUGGAGGAAGCCGAAGAAGGUAUAAUCAAGGAAGAGUUGCGAAGAUUAUAUGGGCGACUACUAGGGGUAAGGCCUGAAAUCCGAUGAAGAUGUGAACUAUUAUAAAUGCGAAAGAGGAAACAGAAGCCUGCUUCUAGUCUUCGAAACCAUACAAAAUUUGGGUUAGUUAGCUGACAUCUAUCUGAGUAGGAGAUAGUUUGACGUUUAAUAUCUAAAAGUUUUUUAGAAAAACGUCUUUGAAAAUUUUCAAUUUUUUAAGAACUAGCCUCGUUCAUCAAACCAAAGAUUGGGCAACAAUACUCGAGAAUGGGAAGUAGAAUCAUAUGAUACAGUCUUGAUUUAAUUUCGAGAAAAUGGAAAUUGUAAGAAAUAAAGCCACAAAUCUGGGCAGCUUUGGCUGUAAUUCUGUCAGCCAGUGUAGCUUAAACCUAAAUCCUUGAUGAUGGUACAUUCAGUCAUAGGUGUGCCUUGAAAGACCACUGGAUGGGGUAACCUAUCAGGUCCAAAACACGUGUAGCGACAUUUAGACGGACAGAAUUCCAUUAGGCAUUUUGAGCUCCAAGCUGAGAGAGCAACAAGUCAGCAUGGAUUUGCUGCAGGCAAUGAAGGCUCGUAGAUUUAUUGAAAGAAUAUACACAUUUGAAAUCAUCGGCAUAAAUAAAUGAUUGAUAGGUGAGACUGGCCACAUCGAUCUCUUUGUACCUCCAAUGACUGAAGGCAUUUAUAGCUGCGUUAGCACCAAGAGAUUAAUUUCUAUGAUUUGAAUAAAAUCAUCAUCUACAAAAUUUUGCGUAGUUGUAAAGGACAAAGUGGUGUUAAAUAUUACGUGUCGGCAGGAGACCGCAUUGACUAGCCUAUAUGUCGAACGUCUAUCCAAAUUCCAGUUCACAGUCGCUCAACAAAAACUCCAUCCUAGUGACCCAGAAGAUAGGGUCAAGCUCAUUUGCAAAAACACACUUCACCCGUCAGCACGCCGUUCCAGCAGACACAACAGCAGCCACUUGAACUUCGCCCGUUUUCUCAAGCGUGGCGACGAUGAGUGGCAGCCCUGGCUAGUGAACUCAUCAGCCCACUACGCCGCGUCUCCAUCGUCGAUGGAAAACGUCCCCAUGCAUAGUUCAUCUUGUCAAAACCUUUAUGGCCCUCAGGACACGUUAUAAUUUGUUUAAGAAGAGUUUUUCUCCUUAAACGGGUGAUAUUUUGUCUCGGCAAACUUGAAGGAAGCCGGCUUGGAAAUAAGGCGUUAUUAGUAUUGAAAUUAUAGGCAAUAUUGGCCUCAAACACCAUGGAAAGCCAAUAAGGCGAACUUAUAUCGUCAAUUUUUAAACACCUUGCUGUGCUCACACGACAAGACACAUACUUUUAAGCACAAAUAAGAUUAUCUCCUCCGUAGAGGCAGCUGCAUCCAGUCCGUGACCGAUCUUAUGGAAUGUUGAUCGAAAUUGGCAAAAGCGUAUUCGAUAAGGGGCUGUAAUACUAAUUAGCUUGCGGCAUAAUGCCGUAUUAUUUCAGACACAGUAGGAUGUUGACUUCUAAAUGCACUUCGUUUCAGCCGCCUGAAAUGACUGCAGUAGACAAAAAGUGACUACUUAUGUAGUAGGCAUUUUUAUUGACUUUCGAUACCCAUAUCAAUGCAAACACAGUUUGUAGAAAUCAUGUGUACGAAUAUUCCUUCUUGUAACCAUUUGGUAACAAAUCAAGUCUUUUUCAAAUCUUAUAUUCGAAGAAACCGUAUCUUGCAGUUUUAAGAAGGUUUUUCAAUUUCAGAAUAAUUUUGAUCUCAAUCUGCGUUGUAUCUGUGUUUGGAGCUUUCAGUCUACUAGCCGUAUAUUUUCCGUGCGAUCAAAAACAUUUCUUUCUCUUCAUUUAAGUAGAUGUCAAAUAGGCUUCAUGAAAUCCUCCAGGAUAUGUGGCCUAUGUUGUACACUCCAUGAGGAGCAUUACUAAACAGACAGAUGAAAUUCUAUUUGAAUGGAUAUCACACAACCUUAAGAAUCUCAUAAUUAAAAACUUCCCUUUUAAAACCGAAAUAUGUCCGUUCUUCGAGUAUAAAAUUUGAAGAUGUGAUUUGUUACCAAAUGGGUAAAAGAAGGAAUAUUCUUACACAUUACUUUAAUAAACCGUCUUUGAAUUUAUAAGGUCAUCGAAAGUCAAUAAAAAUGGCUACUACACAAGUAGUAAUUUUUCGUCGACUGCAUUUAAAAGCCGACAUCCUAGUGUGCCUGAAAUAAUACGACAUAAUGCCGCAAGCUAAUCUGUAUUACAGCCCUUCCUAAUCGAAUACGCAUUUGCCAAUUUCAGUCAACAUUUCAUGCGAUCGGUCACUUGAACUUGCCGUCGAACAGUAUUACCGACAAAAGACAGGGAGGAAUGUACUGGCCUUUUGUGGCUUAUUGGCCGUCAUCAGUCAUCAAACCCAGUCGGGGAAGACCUGAAACUGCAGCCCCGAUCUGUUGUUCAGUUAAUCACUCAGGCACAUGGGCCCACGUUCUGUCGGUUGUGAUCAGAAAUACUCAACAUCACGUGGAAGUCAAUAGAAGCAAAGGGACCAGUCCCAGGAGGCUGUCGUGAAGAAGGAGACACGAUCGCUGGGAUGAGAGCCUUAUUCGCCGGACGUUUCGGAUUCUUGCUCGAACCCACCAUCAGAGACAAAAUCAAAUAGGGAUGGUUCAUGCACAAAGGGCUGCAGUAUUUAAAGGACGCACUCGCCAUGCUACCGCAUACCUAUGAAUAUUUACGGCUCCUUCCUUUCAUCAGCGUUCGUUGCACUUGGUAUGAUGACUGCUUCAUGGCGGACAUUCGCGCCGUUAAUUGCUGUAAUGUCAUCACGUGCGCUGGAUGUUGGUGUGAUGAUGGCUCGACCAUCUGAUCCACUGACCCUGGCGUUGGGUGAAGUGUUCAAGUGCGCGCUCCCCGCGUGGCUAAUUACUCCGCCUAGGCGAAGUCUCAGCACGCAGAAUGGAGGGGGAAGGUCGUUGCACUCGUUGAUGGGCUGGAGGCCAGUGAACCAUGACUCAAGCAGCUCACGGCUGAAGCGGUUGCCACCUCUAGUGAGAAUUUCGGCUACGUGAAUUGCAAUGUGUGACCGGAUCUCGUCGAAUGGACUGCAACUAGAGAGCUGGCGUCAUUUCUCCGCACCGCUGCGGCGUGUUCGGUCAUUCGCGUUCGGGGCUGUCUUCCGGUUUCUCCGACGUAGUUGUUUUGUCCGCAGCUGCACCAGGUCCGAUAAACGAUUCCAGACGUUUCUUGCCGUGGCAGCGAGUCUUUCGGUUUCAUUAUCUUCCAUAUUCGCGGCUGAGACUUCGCCAAGGAGGCUGUGUGCACGAUGGGUUAUUGUUUAAUAAGUACUGCCAUUCAGAGGAAUAAAUGUCAGUGCAUACAUGGAUACUGCAGUGCUAAUGUACGAAGCCAGCUGACCGUCGUUCAAUGAACUAUUGAUGUCAACAAUCUUCACGAGGUCAGCGGGUUUUCGUUGCUCUGGGCACAUCCUCCAAGCAAAAAAUGCACCCGGUUCAGAGAGGAAGCUUGCUUCAAGGGCCCAAAAACGAAACACAAUAUUCAAAUGCUGCUUGCACUGUCUGGUGACGGAAUUUUCGACAACGUGUAACCAAAAAGGGUCAGAUUUGCUCAUGGCGCGGCUGCUAGGGCGACCAUAAUGACUAAAGGUGAGAUGGCAGGGCAAGAUCCUGGGCACGGAAAUCUUGCAGUGAACUGAGAUCCUCAGCAUCCGCGCCGGGCUGAGGCAAAUUUAACUGUAAUGGAACGUCAUGAUGAUGGACGACAAGCGAUUGCCCGUGCGACUCUCCUAUGGAGUCGUCGCUGCGGGUGCUCGCCGAAAGGAGCGACAACAGCGAUGUUACAAGGCCGCUUUAAAAAGCUCUUUUAAGCGUCUACAAAUGAGUUCGGAGACCUGAGAGUACUUCUCCCAGGACCGACCGACCUGGAGAAGUGCAGUGAACACUGAAACAACAAUAUACGAAGCCAACCGGAUCGCUACUACCAAAGAUAAGGGGCGACUCACAAGUCGCAUGCGCCGUGAUCUCUUGACCUAACACCAUGCUACUCACAAAGCAUCCUCGCUGUCAACGAAAACUACAUACAUGGAUCGGUCCCGUCAGACACCUAGGGACUCGAAGCAAUAACCGCACUACAAAUGCAUCUCCUGUCUCCGCAAAUUCCUCCGCCGUCACCGCUGCCACAAUCCCCACGACGGCGACGAUUGCGACCACCAUCACCAUCGGCGCGCAUUCCCCCGCUUCCCCCCCGUCCCUCACUCCAUCAUGGCUGCCACAUUCUCCGCAGCGACGACCACCAUUUCCCCCACUCUCACCACCGGUUAGGACACUGUCGACGCCCCAUCAAGCAGCACCCUAACGCUCACCACUACCGCCACCUCUAUCGGAAUGCAGACUCGAUCCCAACAUGUCCCUUUUCGAUCACACAUUCACAUCACGCGAAAUUCAGUGCAACAUUGAAACGCUAAACACACCUGCCACGCCGGACAAAUAAUCCAUCUCCAGCACGGCCAACUCUCCAUCCACCUGCGCGACCAUCGUUUACAGCAUCAUCACUGCGAUCAAUUCUGCAGCUUCAACCUAUCCUGCCCACACUGCCUCAACACACGCACAUCACGCAUCGGCCGGGUCGGUCGCUGGCGAAUCCAUCGCACAGAGACUGGCGAACCAGUGCUUGGAACACCAACAUACACCAAACGUCAUCGCCUCAAUUUCCAGAACCUCCCUCAAACAUUCAGCCGUAACACUGAUAUAUUUGGUUUCACGUACAUUCAUAAAAACCUGUGGUUAAUCAUCGCGAAAAGGAUCACGUCACCGCACGUUUACCCACCAAUACAUGCACCACACACGGACACCUCCUAAACCCUAAACCACCGGCACCUUUCACGAAAUUGGAAAGUGUGAUCCUCGGUUCCUUUCUUCAUGUGGCUCCUCUGCUGCAUGAGAGAACUGACUGGUCUCAGCCUUCGUGUGUGCAUCCCUGGUGGGUGCGUACUGGGGCCCAAGUCAUGCAUGUAGUACGCGCAAACGAGCUGUUCUCAGUCAUGCCAACCACCUCUCACGAUCUCAGCAUCAGAUAACUGAUCUACUCGAACAGUGGACUGGUGCCUGGGAGAGAGAAAAGGGAAUUGGGUUAAUUAUGAAGGAAUGCGUCCCCACGGCUCUCAUCACAUAUUACUCACUAGAAACAAUCUGACGCACUGUUAGACCACCACGAUGCGCAAAAAGCCGUGAUAUGGAAGGCGGCUAAAUGACGUGAUAACUUGGCCCUUUCAGGACCGACAGUCAGGGUACAAUGUUUUCUUCUUAAGGCAAUCGGUUAUAUGAAAAUUUGGUUGGUUACCCAUCGACAUCGCCCCUGACAUCCAUUUCAAGAGGGUGGAUAGAAAUAGAGGAAUGCCAGUAAAAUAGGGAUAAAGUCGCACUAUUUACAGUUAGCACAAACAACUGAUUGGAACCAAUCGCGUGAAUUAUAAUGCAUCUGGCUCGCACGCAUCACUUUUUGAGCGAGACAGAGCGCGUAAGUCAGUCAUCUGGCGCAAUGCCGGGCUGUGCUAAGUUCAGGCUCAGAAAAGCAGCUGUUGGCAUUAGUGUAUCAAUAAAUCGAUCAGCUUCGUUUGCGGACGGCAUGGGGAUGCGUUUAGCUGGCUCGCGCUGUUGAGCCAGCGCGUGAGUCGAGUGAACGUGGGGUGGCGCUUCCGGCGGGAAUCCUGUGGGCAUUUGCGGUGCUGUGCUCACCACACCAGGCAAGCACCAUCAUUUUUCAAACGGCUUUUAUUAGGUAUGACAGGCGACUCAAGAGAGGUCGACAUAUUUGAGUGGCAAAGAGACAGUUCCUGAGACAGUGGAGAAACUUGCCUAAACUCUGGAUGGAAAUUCAAUAAAGUUUCGCUGCCAAGGCAACACAUUUUAACUAAGGCAUAUAGACUCGGUGGCAAUCUAGUCACACCUUAAGAUGAUCGUAAGCGGAUGUUUGAAGGGCGCUCACCAGGUGUUGCACAUUUCAGGGCGGGGUAUGACUGACUGACGACGUCCAUGAGCCAGAAAUGGCCAUUCCAGUCUCCCUUGUCUUUGUUUCUUAAUGUUAUUCUUCUAUAUCGUAAGCGGAUGCCAACGAUUUCAGGUUGUCGCAACAAAUGAAUUAGUCAAGAGUAAAACGAAUUCUUUGCGAUCUCUUCUCCAAAGUCAUAUAGCUUGGAUAGGUUUGAAUGCGUCAUUAAGUGAGGAUUUGAAUUGCGCUAUUUGCUCUCGAGUACAAUUUCGUCGUAAAUUCGUCAUUAAUAGGCGCUUUAACGAGAACGCUAUGGAAAGGAAGUCACCACUGUCCAACGUCAUUCGUAAAUUUGCAGGGUACUCGUUUCAGCGGUAACAAUCGGGAGAUGGCACUCAAAAAAUCCGUUACCUAAAAAUAAUACCCUUAACAGUGGAUUCAAACGCCUGCAGGCUAUAUUAGCGGUUGCAGGCCGACUUUCACGCACUACUUGGACUUUCCCCGACGGCCUCACAUGGACUGGCCGAACGAACAUCACAGGAGGUUACAUGGACAAUGGUCACUGUUACCCAACCUUCCCCAUCGUUACACACGUACACCUGAAUAUACGACAUACAUUCGCAUUAUGGCAGUUUAUUACAAGACAAAAUUACUUUUAAAAAGGGUAAGUCUGCACAACAUGGGACAGGAACAGUUCUCAGGCAUCUGUCAAAGACAUGGCAUUGAGGCCAAACCAAAGGCGAUACUCUACUUCGUCUCUUUGGGCCCACACAACUCGACCACAUACUGGGCCUCCCUCGUGGAUUUUCCUUUUCAGUCUACCCCAGUAUGCCUCAAUGGCAUUGGUGUGCCGUUCGGUGGUAGGGUCCUUGAAUUUCGUUGAGUGGUUAACAGAGAAAUGCAGAUACACUUAUGAGGGAAGACGAUUAUACGCCUUCUACUCGUCCGUUACCACUAUACUGCCUUUGGCGACCUAUUUUGUAUUAGCGGAACAGAGAGUGGACCAACAUCGAUCAGUCACCUGUUCAAAUAAUGCUUUCCGUCGGCUUGUAUCGUACAUCCCGAUCAGCCACCAUUAAUAAAACCCCUAUUAUCACCUGUCCCGUAAGACAGGCUGCUUUGGUUAGGCGAAUUUUUUGGGGUGCCAUCUCCCGCUUGUUACCGUUUCAGCCUGAAACUUUCAGCAUGACAGUGGACUCAUCUUUUUGGUUUGUAGGAACGAAAGGUGGCCUUCUCGGACCUUUGGAGAUAGCUUGUGCAAGUAGAUCGACAACGUAGCGGUUGACGGGGGUACGUUUGACUUGCUUGCACGUUCCGCUAGCGGAUUCGAGGAAUUUGUUGGAACAACUUAUGUAGUCUACCCAGCCAGACUGGUAAACAUAUGGGUGCUUGCUGGAGUAAGCAAAACAUAGGUCAAAAUCUUUAGAUAUGCUUGCGAAAAAGCUUGCCUACACGUUGAUUGGCUUGACACAAAAACCUAAAUUAAACAACAGAUGGCGGUGUAGUCAGUACACACUGGACAUCUUUCCAGCCUUUACACUUGAAGGCGUAGUUCGGUGGUUAUGCCUUUACCUAAAGAUGACUACUACACACAAUCUAACCAUGUCCCAGAAUUUAGGGCGGCAAGUUGAGCAGAUGGUUGCCAUCAAGGAAAGUGUUGAAAAUGGGCCGAAGCGGCUGUGCAGUUGUGCACGCAUGUCCACAUACGCGUGUUAUUCGUUAUGAUGGUCGUUAUGUGCCAUCUGAUGAACUUUUGUCGUCAGCUUUUGGCAAGUCGAUUAGUUAAACGACUUGGCCGUAGGACACAUGAUUCUAUCCCUGGGUAAUCGGAGAUUUCGGUUAAAUUCGAACUUACUGAGAUAUCGAUUGGGCUGGCUGUUGUCGCCACGCAGGGCAAUACCAUUAGGACUGGUUCGAUGUUUACGGCACCGCCAUCAGCAACCUGCUCGCUGAGAUUAACCGUCUGCACAAAGCCUACGUCGGUCGCCCCACCGACGACAACGAAGCUGCUUUCUGCCGUAGUUGUCGCCUCGUUCAACAGAGGCUACGCGAGAUGCAGGACGCCUGGGCGGCUCGCAUGGCUGAGGAGAUCCAAGGUCACGCAGAUCGCUACGAAUGAAAGAAUUUCUUCUCCGUGACCAGGCUGUCUACGGUUCGCCAACCGAAGCAGCUGUUCCUCUUCUCGGCGCCGACGGAAGUACCCUCCUCGCCGAGAAGACAAAUUCUCCAGCGACGGGCCGAGCACUUUAGAAGUGUCCUCAACCGCCCCUCCACAAUCUCCGACGCUUCCAUCGCCCGUCUGCCCCACGUGGAGAUCAACACCACCCUCUCUCCGCGGAGCCAUCAUGACUGUGCGGCAGCUCUCCAGUCGAAAAGCGCCCCGAUCGGACGUGAUUCCUGCCCAGAUCUACAAGCACGGUGGUCCCCAACUCAUGGAUCAUCUGACGCGCUCUUCCAGAAGGCGUGGCGUCAAGGAGGAGUUUCCAGGAUUUAAAGGACGCCACAAUCGUACAUCUCUACAAGCAGAAAGUUAACCUUCAACACUGCGACAACCAUCGGGACAUUUCACUGCUGACCAUCAUCGGAAAGAUCUUCGCUCGUAUUCUUCUUAACCGCCUGAACAACCAUCUGGAAAAGGGUCUCCUGCCAGAAAGCCAGCGCGGCUUUCGCCGUCAUCGUGGGACCACCGAUAUGAUCUUUGCCACCCAUCAACUGCAGACGAAGUGUCAGGAGAUGCGGACCCGCCUCUACUCUACCUUCGUUAAUCUGACGAAGGCCUUCGGCACGGUGAAUUGCAAAGGACUGUGA